AUGAAUCGGAUACUAAGUUGGGUUAGGAGCAGAUCAGAUCAUAACGUAGUGUCGUAUUCCAGAUUCGGUCUCCCAGGCGACGAGUUAGAUGAUCGCACACCUCCCACCGUCAUUCAUGUGGCUCCAUUUCGUGAGGAUAGUCCGGAGUUUAUGGCAUUCGGCACUCAUUCGCAAAGAGCGGCAGUGAUAUCAGCUGGUGUCGGUCUUUCGCUGGUUUUAUUCGUAUUCUUAUCCGUAUUUUUUGAAUUUGACUGGUAUCAUCAUGAGAAGGGUGUCGACAUUGGAGCACUUGGUAUGUACAGGUUCGCAGGCUGUAAGGUGUUCCUUGGUGUCGAACCUAUGCGGCGACAGAGCCAAAAGCCUACCCAUGGAAAUUUGUCCGAACAGAGGCUCUUGGUAUUCCUAGAGCUGGUGGAGCCUGUCGGCGUGACACAAGCAAAUGACGAUUUUAUUGGGCUGUUUAGAUGUCGGAAUUAUCUUGAGAAACGUCAAAUUCAUGACUUGGAGAUGCGCGUUGCUGAAAAAAGUAAACUUCAACAUCCCGGUAUCAGAAUAGUAUUUGGAUCUGGUGAUCCAGAAAUGAACAGUCCGUCCAAUAAUGAUCUACAACCACCUGCCGAUGAAGCACCACCUUCUUAUGAGCAUGCAACUCAAUCAGCAAACGGAACAACUCAACCUGAGGCAUCAGCUGCUUCCCAGCGCACGGUAUUACAAGCCCAGGAUAGCAUCCUUUGA